GUAUAGCAAAAAAUUUGCGACUCCAGCCCGUUGGCCCAACCCGCCCCGAAAAAGUGCGGGCUUGGCCAGCCUCAUUUAAAAGUCCGAACCUGGUCCAAAGAAUUUAUUCUUAUGAAAAACCCGCACCAAAAUUAUAGGUUUGGACUUAGAGUAUUUUUUGAAGCCCGGCCUAGCCCGGCCCGAAUUAUAAACCCCUCUAAAACAAACACACAUAACAUAAACAACCCCACAACGGCCACAAGCAAAUCUUUGUGAAUGAGCCCCAACUGUCGGUGGGUGUAACUUACAAUCCUCCUCCACAACCUCUAUUUGGCCUUGUUUGUUUUGCGUACAAAUUCAAUUCCAAUCACUUCAAUUCAUCAAUCUAUCCGCCCCUUUUACGCUGAAACAAGAAUGGUGGGCCCCACUUUCGUCACUUAGUUUCUGAUGAGACAAACUUAUGUUGUCCACUUUCCUCUGUUUAUCUGUGACACCCGUGUUCCCCUUCUCUCUCUAUCACUCUCUCUCCUCUGCUACUUCUGUACUACUCAUUCCCCUUCUUCUUUGCUUGCUUACUUUCCCACUUUGAAUUCAAAUUCGUCUUCUUUUGUUUAUUAAUCCAAUAAAAAACCCCAUUUAUGUUUUAUUUUUCUUGAUUGAAUGUUGAUUUUAGAAGGGUUUUUGGCUAAAGAUUGAAUUUUUAUUGGUGGGUUUUGGGGGAGGAAGAUGUUUAAUUUGUUUGUUAGUAAGAAUGUGAGGAAGAUUCUCAAGCGCAAGGACAGUGAUGCCGGUGAAAAAGGUAAAGCACUAGAAGACAUACGGUCUUCGUUGUUCAAUGAGUUACGUUCCUCAGAAGGUGCGAGGCGUUAUCAGCAACGCCUAUGUGGGCCUAUGGUGGCACUCACUUUCAAUUUCGUGGUGUCUGUGGGUAUCAUCUUGAUGAACAAACUGGUUCUUGGGAAAGUUGGCUUCAAUUAUCCGAUAUUUCUCACAUUCAUUCACUAUGUAGUAAGCUGGGUUUUAAUGGCUAUUCUAAAUUCUCUAUCUAUGCUCCCCGCGCCUCCCACAAAAGCAGCCCGUUUCUCUUCUUUGUUUGCUCUUGGUUUAGUAAUGUCCCUCUCUACCGGUCUUGCUAAUGUCAGUUUGAAGUAUAAUAGUGUGGGAUUUUAUCAGAUGGCUAAGAUCGCGGUGACCCCCUCGAUAGUGGUUGCAGAAUUCAUUCUCUUGCGGAAAAAGGUCUCUUUUCAAAAGGUUCUUUGUCUCACUGUAGUCUCCGCCGGUGUUGCUGUUGCUACUGUAACUGAUGUACAGUUCCACUUAUUUGGUGCUUGUAUAGCUUUAGCUUGGAUAGUUCCUAGUGCUGUGAAUAAGAUCAUGUGGUCCAAUAUGCAGCAGCGAGAAAGUUGGACUGCUUUGGCGUUAAUGUGGAAAACAACACCAAUUACGGUGUUCUUCUUGGUAGCGAUGAUGCCUUGGCUAGACCCACCUGGUGUCCUUUCUUUUAAAUGGGAUGUCAGAAACACGUCUACAAUUUUUAUGUCCGCUCUUCUUGGCUUCUUGCUUCAGUGGUCAGGAGCUCUCGCGCUUGGGGCGACAUCUGCUAUUACGCAUGUUGUUCUAGGUCAAUUCAAGACGUGUGUUAUUCUCAUAGGAGGGUACCUCCUUUUCGGGUCAAAUCCCGGAAUAACCAGUAUUUGUGGAGCAAUCACCGCCUUGAUCGGCAUGUCGGUCUACACGUAUCUAACCUUACACAAUUCAGAGCAGCAGCAUUCAAAUAAUAAAACUGCUUCUUCAAAACAACAAGCUUCAUUUUCUUCACCAAAAAAGUCUAAGCUUAGCAGAGAAAAUGGUGACACUCAUGUUGUAAAUGAUGCUGCUGAAUCUGUUUGAUUCUUCGGGAAAUAAUCUUUACGCUGAAGACGAGUUAAUUUAACAAACCACGGUAUCCAAUUCACUAACCUCCUAACUUGUAUUAUUAACACAUUACUCGUUUCCGGUUUCUUAUUGCUGUUCAGAAUGACUGCAUUGCUGAAAUGAAUCCGCGCAUCUACCCAAGUAGCUGAUGCAUUGUUAGAGAUGUGUAAUAUUAUCCAGAUUUUCCUGUAAUUUGUAAAACUUGAUUUUGCGUAUUAGCAUAAUAGUGUCCUAGAGAGAAGCUCUUUUUAAAAUUUUGCCUUCUCAGUUGUAAGAGUUAUUCUAACGAUGCGAAUUUGUACGAAUUGUUACACGGAAUAACAUUGUCUGCCACACUUUGUAAUCCAUUUUCAGGUCGAUCUUUGCCUCUUGAUUUUUCUGUAA